AUGGGCCUUCACCGUGCGUCGGUCAAAAAAGUUACAGGCAUGUUUUUGGAGAAGGUCGGCCAUUUUGGCAUCACAUCAGAGAAUCAAGGAACUGAUGAGAAAAAAACUGUGGUGGACAAAAUGCAGAAACGCUUGGUUCAAAGAGAAGAGCGCACUGUGGAUUAUGUAGCAGAAGACGGCACCAGCAUGAAGCUGGAGGGGUCAGUCGUUACUGGUGGGGAGCUUUUCCAGUACACCCAGCAGAACAAAGAACUCUCCAAGGGCUUCUGCCAGAGGCUCUUCGAACGCUUGUUGGACCAAAUAGAAAAACAUGUAGAGUCGCCGCCUCCAGACUUUGACUUCCAAAAGUUGAUGGAAGAGCUAGCCGAUGCACGUCAGCAGUACGUGGAGCAGGCACGUGGUCCGGAGAAGUGGGUUGUCUUGCAGGAGAUGGCCCACAAGAUAGAGAAGCUACAGGCCAAUAUUGAGAAGAUGGGGUAUCAAGACAAGAUAACGCAGGAACAAAAGAAGGCACAUGAUGCAGAGAAGAAGGCACAUGAUGCAGAUGUCCGGGCCAAGGAAAGGGAAAGAGAGAUCAAAGACCUACUCAAACAAGUACAUGACAUGCAUCAAACACAACAGCAAACUCUACGGGAAAUGAUUCAGCAGUACGAGAAACAGAUGAACAAGAUGAAGCAAGAUUGGCAAGAGCGACUUGCGGCUGCGCUACAGAUGAUCGAGGAACUUCAGAAAGCAAAUAGGGCGGAACAAGCGAAAAUUGCAAGGGAGCAACUCGAGAAUGAAAGAGCCUUUAUGAAGGAAAAAACCAAGAAGAUGCAGAAGAAACAUGCAGAUCUGAACAAGGAGCUAGAGGCACUACUAGAUCGGCAAAAGAAUACAAAUCCACCUCCUAAGCCAUCCUGGAAAGAGAAGUGCACCAUCUCGUAAAGCCAAAAGGCCGUCAAUGUCCCUACUGCCAAAAGCGCCUGUAUGAUAAUAGACUCGUUUUGAGCACAUAGUGCUAUAGCCUAAAUUAUAUCUGUUAUUCGUUUGAUUCUUGUCACGCCAUUUACCUUUAUAAUGUUGCACAGUUCAAUCCAGAAAAUUUUGCAUUAUUGUUUUUCGUGCUGACGUAUUGAAGGUAGAAAAUGCAGGCUUUGUAAGCUUCCAUUGAGAGGAAUGAGCAAAAAUAAGACUCACAUGGAAAAUUUAUGUAAUCAUCUUCAGUUGAAUCAUAUGUAGAUACUAGCUAAUGGUAGCGAGGACAGGGUCGUACGGGACUCGAUGGCAUUUAAGUUGAUGUAAUUGAUACAGUGUUACUGGAAAGCAUCGUAGCCAAGUAAACCUUUGAUUGACUGUCAAACAUGCACGCGUGUACCCUGUGUACUUUGUGAAUAGUAUUGAUAUUGUAAUUAAGCGCGGUUUUGAUACCUCAAAAACGUAAUGUCUACACAACUUAAAUUUAUCAAAUGUAAUGUACUUUGAUAGAAAACGCCUAUAAUUUUCGAUGUACAGAAUUACUUUUUAUUGUAUUCAUCUUUCUGCCAUGCACCCUUCUGGUGAUAAUCAUGAGAUAAAGGAUUAUCCUAGGCGUUUUAUGUGUAUUAUGUAUGUAAUUCAUCUUGUACAGGAUGAAAAUUACUUCAACCCCCAACAGUCGCUAAACAAUACAUGAUGAUAUACGUGCUUCUAUCUUUUUAUAUAGAUUAGAUUCACUUGUGUUUACUUUUGUGUGAUUAUAGCUGUAUAACACCUUGCUGAAGUCCAUGUACUGUCGACCAGUAAAUUGUGAUUCCUUCUGUGUAAUUAAGUGUGAGAAUAUCAAUGAUGUAAAGGUGCGACCAUGUCUCA